CGUUGAUCUUGUCUCUCACGUGGCAGUAUCGUAGUCGAAUGUACAUGAUCUAUGUGGAAUAGUCGAUAUUAUCCCUCUUGGUGUGAGUUUGGUAGUUGAUGAAAGCAAAACAUUUACGUAACAAUGUCUAUAAAAUCAGUACAGGUCUAUUCUUGUUCACUAGCUUCGAAAUUUUAGUCGAAGAAACAAAAAAAAAUGGCGACGGUACAAUUGUCCACCCAAUUUAGCUGCCAAACCAGAGUUUCAAUCUCACCGAACUCUAAAUCUAUCUCCAAGCCUCCGUUUCUGGUACCGGUGACCUCAAUUAUUCACCGCCCGAUGAUCUCCACCGGAGGAAUCGCUGUUUCCCCCCGUAGAGUUUUCAAAGUCCGAGCCACAGAUACGGGAGAGAUAGGAUCAGCUCUAUUGGCGGCGGAGGAAGCAAUUGAAGACGUGGAAGAGACGGAGCGGCUAAAGAGAUCGCUCGUGGAUUCGUUGUACGGAACAGAUCGAGGUUUAAGCGCAUCGAGCGAAACCAGAGCUGAAAUCGGAGAUCUAAUCACACAGCUCGAGUCUAAGAACCCUACUCCAGCUCCGACGGAAGCUCUUUUCCUUCUCAACGGCAAAUGGAUCCUCGCCUACACAUCGUUCGUGAAUUUGUUCCCGUUGCUAUCACGAGGAAUCGUACCGUUAAUAAAAGUCGAUGAGAUCUCUCAAACCAUUGAUUCAGAUAACUUCACCGUCCAGAACUCUGUUCGUUUCGCUGGUCCUUUAGGUACAAACUCGAUUAGCACCAACGCUAAAUUCGAAAUCCGAAGCCCUAAACGCGUCCAGAUUAAGUUUGAGCAAGGCGUAAUUGGGACGCCUCAGCUAACGGAUUCUAUUGAGAUACCGGAAUAUGUAGAGGUUCUUGGUCAAAAGAUUGAUCUUAACCCGAUCAGAGGGUUACUUACCUCGGUGCAAGACACAGCCUCGUCUGUGGCUAGAACCAUAUCAAGCCAACCACCGUUGAAAUUCUCUUUGCCGGCGGACAAUGCGCAGUCUUGGCUACUCACGACUUAUCUAGACAAAGACAUUCGGAUCUCUAGAGGAGACGGUGGAAGUGUCUUUGUGCUUAUCAAAGAAGGAAGCCCUCUCUUGAAUCCUUGAACUUGGUCAAAAUAUAUGUCUCUCUCUUGUCGUUGUGUUAAGUGAGACAAAUAUAUAGUGUGGUUGUAGGUUUACUUCUUAAUCGUUGUUAUUAACUCGAUGAUAAGGAAUAUAAUGUUUUUAACUACUACAGAACAUCUCGUCUAUGGCCUAUGAAAUGUGUCUCAGAUUUUCACAAAAUUCAAGUGUUUUAGAAUUUCAUUCUCUUCUGUUUGAUUUAGAAAGUAAACUAUGUACCGAUGCAAGAGUUACAUGAGAAUUAUCCCGGCAACGUCGGGUCUUUCGAU